UAAAGCCGACCGCACCAAAGAAAACGGUGGUAAAAUGGCGCGAAUAUCCCUCACCUUUCCGGUGAUUUUCCCCGCAAUUAUCGUGAUUUCUCUUGCUCUCCUCCUCGUCUCGAGUCCAGUCACCGGUGGCAGCCCUGACUACGGUGAUGCCCUCCGCAAAUGCAUUCUCUUCUUUGAAGGCCAGCGAUCUGGCAAGCUCCCUGCUGAUCAACGCGUGAGAUGGCGCGGCGACUCUGCAUUGCAAGACGGAGCAACUGCCGGGGUUGAUUUGACGGGAGGGUACUACGAUGCCGGAGACAACGUCAAGUUUGGGUUCCCGAUGGCAUUCACGACGACAUUGCUGUCUUGGAGCAUCAUAGAUUUCGGCAAGAACAUGGGGCCGGAGCUUCGGAAUGCCGUUAAAGGCGUUAGGUGGGCGACGGAUUAUCUCCUAAAGGCGACGGCGAAGCCUGACAUCGUUUUCGUCCAAGUUGGUGAUGCGUACUCAGAUCACAGCUGCUGGGAAAGGCCGGAGGACAUGGACACGCUGCGUACGGUGUACAAAAUCGACGCCAACCAUCCUGGCUCCGACGUUGCGGGCGAAACCGCCGCUGCAUUGGCCGCUGCGUCCAUCGUGUUCAGGUCACGUGACCCCGCGUACUCGCGCUUGCUCCUCCAUCGAGCCGUUAAGGUAUUUAACUUUGCUGACAAGCACCGGGGUGCGUACAGUGGCAGCCUGUUCCGUGCAGUGUGCCCUUUUUACUGCGACGUGAACGGUUACCAGGACGAGCUGUUGUGGGGAGCGGCGUGGUUGCACAAGGCCUCGAACAUGCGUGAAUACAGAGAAUACAUUGUGAGAAACGAGGUCGUCCUGAGAGCUGGUGACACAAUAAACGAGUUCGGUUGGGAUAACAAGCAUGCUGGGAUAAAUGUGCUCAUUUCCAAGGAAGUGUUGAUGGGAAAAGCUGAAUAUUUCGAAUCAUUCAAGCAAAAUGCUGAUGGCUUUAUCUGUUCUUUAUUGCCCGGAAUUUCUCAUCCUCAAGUUCAAUAUUCUCCUGGUGGACUAAUUUUCAAGGCUGGAGGGAGUAACAUGCAGCAUGUAACGUCAUUGUCUUUCUUACUUCUGGCUUAUUCCAAUUAUCUAAGUCACGCAAAUAAGGUGGUGCCGUGCGGUGAAAGAUCAGCCUCUCCUGCACUUCUCAAACAAUUGGCCAAACGCCAGGUGGACUACAUUCUGGGAGAUAAUCCAUUACAAAUGUCCUACAUGGUAGGAUACAGCACACGGUUUCCUCAGAGGAUCCACCACAGGGCCAGUUCUCUGCCAUCCGUGGUGACCCACCCGGCCCAUAUUGCAUGCAAAGCAGGCUCCAAGUAUUACCUAAGCCAGGAUCCAAAUCCUAAUCUAUUGGUUGGAGCAGUUGUCGGUGGACCCAAUAUCUCUGAUGCUUUUCCAGAUUCCAGGCCCUUCUUUCAAGAGUCCGAGCCCACCACAUACAUCAAUGCCCCUCUUGUGGGCCUUCUCGCAUACUUUUCAGCACACCCAUGAUUUCCACAAAUGUUUUAAGAAUAUAUAUAUUUUUAUGUACUUUAGUGGUGUGCAAAAAUAGUCACCCUGCUUAUUAUUCUCGAAUAAGAAGUAGCUAAUUUG